CCGAGAUAUAAAACUCCGCGAGCGUGCUCGUGAGCGUGUCGGUUGGGACGUGCCUUUGUGCACAUACACAGCGAGGUUAGAUGGCCUGCUAGGCUGCGUGUGAUCAGGAGAAAUACCGGGGAGCGGAGAAACGGUGGAAAAUGCGGCGGAGAGUGGCGUGCGGUGCGGCAGAGCUGCUGUUAGGCCGCGGUGGCGCUGUGAGGAUGACCGGGCUUCGGCUGCUCCCGUCGAGCACAAAACCCCCCGCGGUGGAGAGCGGCGUUCACCAAAGAUUCCGGUCGACGUCCUCGAUGACGACUUACUCCGAGCUGGCUAGAGAGAGAUCGAAAACCGUCACGUCUUUCUACAACCAGUCUGCCAUUGAUGCGUGUGCCGAAAAGCCUUCUGUCAGACUCACACCCGGCACCUUACUCUACUCAGGCAAGCCUCAGGAUGAAAACCAUAUCUUGAGCAGUGCAAGAUACCUGCAUAAAGAGCUGCCUGUGCGCAUCGCCCAUCGCAUUAAAGGUUUUCGCAGCCUGCCCUUUAUUAUCGGUUGCAACCCCACCAUCCUGCAAGUGCACGAGCUUUAUAUUCGGGCCUAUCAUGUGCUGAGCGAUUUUCCAGCAAUUAAAGACCAAGACACAGAAUCUCGGUACAGCAAGCUCAUUCAACAGCUCCUCGACGAUCACAAAGACGUGGUCACCCUGCUUGCGGAAGGAUUCCGGGAGUGUCGCAAACACAUUCAAGAUGAGAUGCUAGUGCGUAACUUCCUGGACACAACGCUGACGUCUCGUCUGGGCAUCCGCAUGCUGGCCACACACCAUCUUGCCCUGCAUGAAGAAAAUUCUGACUACGUGGGCAUUGUGUGCAGACGUCUAUCUCCUAAAAAGAUCACUGAGAAGUGGGUGGACUUUGCAAGGCGACUGUGUGAGCACCAGUACGGGAAUUCCCCACGCGUCCGCAUCAACGGUCACGUGGCUGCCCGCUUCCCGUUUAUUCCUCUCCCCCUGGACUACAUCCUGCCCGAGCUACUGAAGAAUGCCAUGAGGGCCACAAUGGAGAGCCACCUGGACACGCCUUACAACGUCCCCGACGUGGUGGUUACCAUUGCCAACAACGAUACCGACUUUGUCAUCAGGAUCUCGGAUCGGGGCGGAGGCAUCCCCCACAGCAUCAUGGAUAAAGUGAUGGACUAUCACUUCAGCACGGCCGAGCAGAGCACGCAGGACCCACGCAUGAGCAACAUCUUCAACACCAUGACCAACAGCGGCCCUCAGUCAGGCCCCAUGCACGGGUUUGGUUUUGGUCUGCCCACCUCAAGAGCGUAUGCCGAAUAUCUGGGUGGCUCGCUGUCUAUCCAGUCGAUGCAGGGAAUCGGCACUGACGUUUACCUGCGCCUGCGUCACAUUGACGGGAAAGGAGAGAGUUUCAGAGUGUGACGUAGCAGCCAAAACUGCCAGUCACCAUGAUCACGCGUGUUUUUCACCAACGCCUGGAAGCUUUACUGUUCACCGAUCUUCACGGACAUUGCUUCCUAUGCUUACUUUUUCUUUAAAUAUAAUAUUUUUUUCCCUCUCUGCAUGGAAGAGUCUAAAAAGAAGAAAGACAAAAAUUUAAAGUUACUGACGUGAAUCGCCUAGAAAAGCUCCUGGAAGAAGAUGCCUUAGGAUAACAACUGAACUCGUCAGAGACUCGGCGCUCUUUUCUGUGACUGAUGCUGAGUGAAAGGCUUAUCGUAGUGGUUAUGAGUGAUCAUGCUAUUGGCAUAGAUGCAGAAUGUACUGUACUUAACUGCCUUACGGAAACCCUGAACUCUGGGAUUGGGCCGCUUGUUCUGCAUCACCCAGUGUGUAAUCAGAGUCGAUUAAAAGUGCACGUUUUCCCCUAAAUAAGCUUUUGAUUUUAUGUAGGUUUCCUGGGCAAAGCAGACUGCCUAUAGAACAAAGCGUGGUAAAGUUUUUUUUUUUUUUUUGUCAUGCUUGUCCAUCUCUUCAGGAUUUUGUUUAAAGGUGUAUUGAAGUAACAUUUUAUUCAUAUUUGAAUAUUAUUUUUCAGCUGUCUUCUACAUGUGGCCUGGUUCCACUCACAUUCCAGUAGAGGUCAGUCGUGAAAAUAGGACAUAAUUCAUCGUUUAGUUUAAUUUAAUAUUGUUAGUCACAGCAGAUCACUAUUGGAAAUGACUAUAGGAUAUGACGCAUUUGUACCUGUGGAGUUUUUUUUCUGAACAUGCAUGUUGAAGGACUAGAGGGUCUUUUUUUGUUGUUGUUUUUUUUUUUUUUUUUUGUGGUCCGAGUUUGCCCUCUACAGGUUCAAGAUAAGUAUCAAUCUAUGCUCUAACAAAGCUAUAGUAUAUAUUACACUGCCUGUAAUAUUGUGUACAAAGUUAUGGACUAACCUGCAUACUUGCCACAGAUUCCUUUUGUGAGGUGUCCAGGUUGAUGUCAAGGAUGGGAUCAUUUUAUUAAAUUUUUACUUGUCAGUGUUGUUGUGUUUCCUUUAUAUAUGCCAGGUUUGUGUAGUUUCUUGGGCAUUAUAAAAAUCCUAAUUUGAGCAAAA